GUCGCGUGUCCCGCCGUUGUGCGUUGCCGGCAGCCGUUGGUGAACGAUCGUUUCGUCGGUGUUCCGCGCGGGACACAAAAACGGAGUAGACCGGAACCGAAGGAGAAGAAGGGCUAUAAUUCCCAAGAAGGAAAGAGAGAUGAAUUCCGAUGUGAUCGAGCACGCACGAGUCUACGAGGAGGACUCCAUCCUGCCGAAAUCAGAGGAGUUCUCGCCGCCCGACAGCAAACGGUUACGCUUAGAUGAUGGCAGCAAUAACAAUCUAAACAGUACUGUCAAUAGCGAGUCUCAAAGUAAUACAAGAUGGUCAUACUCUGCAAAUGCCAGUCUUAUAGAACCUGAAAUCCUGGAGGACAUGGGAGUUGGUAUGUUAGAAGAUAGUGUAAUGAUUUGUGAAAAUACAAAACCAUCCACAGAAUGUGUAAUUUCACCAGCCAGUCUAGUUAAUAACAAAAAAUCAUCGCCAAAUGAAAGUAGCGGCUUUGAAUAUCAAGAAGUUUAUAGUUCUAGUUUGGAAACAGUUAAUACAGAGAGGAUACAACAAGAUUCAUAUGAUAUGGAUGAUCUAGCUGUGUUUGCUAGUGUAGAAAAUGAAUCUGGCUAUUCUUCAAGAGUUGAAGCUGAUUAUUAUGGGGAUUCAAAAGCAAGCUUUACUAAAGAAAAGAUGAAUACCUCUGCCAAUAAGAGUGAGCAGGCUUGUUUAGAUCAGUUUUGUCUAUUUAGGAGAAAAAGAAAGCCUUCUAUCGAAGGUGAAGAUAAGUUUAACAAGCUAUCGGAUGAAAUAAUUUUGAUGAUAUUAAAAUGGUUACCUAAAAAAUAUUUGGUACGCUCUAUGCUUGUAUGCAAACGUUGGUGUCAAAUAGCUCGUGACGAAGCAUUAUGGACUAGAUUAGAUCUAGGUAGUAAGGUUUUAAGCGAGGGUACAUUAGGCUAUAUACUACCUCGAGGGGUACAAAUUUUAAGAUUGGCACAGGCAGAGAUCGCAGAUCCUAUUUUUUACGAGGGUAGCGAAGUUCUUAACAAUUUGUACAUCAGUAAAUUACAAUAUUUGGAUCUAUCCAUGGCAGUUAUAUCGCCAACCAGUUUAGCUGCAUUAUUAUCCAAAUGUAAAUAUCUGAAAAAGUUAUCAUUGGAAAAGUGUACACUAAACAGAGACUGUUGUAAAGCCAUUAGUCAAAACACUGAAUUAGAAGUUUUGAAUCUAACAAUGUGCAAGAAUAUGAAUGCUGAGUGUAUUACGGAUUUAAUGACACUCCAAAACUUAACUGCCCUCAACAUGGCAUGGUGUUGCUUGGAUAGUGAAUGUAUGACUUUACUUUGUAAAACAUUACCAGCAUCCAUUAUACGCUUCAAUAUAGCAGGCUGUAGAAAAACAAUAACUGAUGAUAAUGUGAAAGACUUAUCAAAAAGAUGUCCAGAUAUUAUAGAAUUAGAUUUGAGUGAUUGCGCUAUGCUGACGAUUCAUACUGUUCAUAAUUUAUUAAAUUUUACAAGACUGGAACACUUAUCGCUCAGCCGUUGUUACAGCAUUCCGCAGUCUGCAUAUAUAAGAUUAGCUCAUAUGCCAUGUUUAUUAUAUUUAGACGUUUUCGGCUUAAUGUCGGACUCAGUGCUAAAGUCAUUACAAACUAGUUGCCGUGAAGUGCCAGAAAUUAACAAAUACCUCUAUAGUUCUGUCGCAAGACCAACAGUCGGAAUUCGAAGAACCAGUAUUUGGGGCCUACGAGUUAGAGAUUGAAUUCACAUAUAAUAUUUUUUCAUCAAUUUAUAAUAAAUCAAGAAACAGAGUUUACCAAAGGGAAACCGAUUAUGUUAUACUGUAUCUUUCAGACUGAACAGACUGAAUACUACGUUGAUAAAAUUAACUUAUUUGGCAAAAUAAGAAACUAUUCUUUUUUUUUUUUAAUAAAGUAUAUGUAAACAUUUAAAAUGAUUAAUGUGUUCUCCUAAAGAUUAAAUAUUGAAUUGUUGCUCAGGUAUUUUUAAAAGUCUGUAUAUAUAUACACUAUUAGCAGAAUGUGUGUGUACUUUUUAUAGUUAAGAUUUAGAAUUAUUGCGGCUGUGCGAGACCGUCUUAUUUACAAAUAUUUUCUUUAUCGUGAUUAUUUGAAUUUUGUCAAACAUUAUUGUUUUGCUGUAUACUGAUUUUUACCAGUAAAGAUCUCAGAAAACUAUUUAAUGUGGCUGGAUAAAUAUAUAUUUUAAAAAA